GUUCUCUCUAUUUGAUCAACGUGAUAAAUUAAUACCGGAGAUAUGUUGAAUAUAUCAAAAGUUUAUAUUAUAUUUGUUGUGUUAUCAAGUGUUUACAGUUUACCUUUAGAAGGUUGGAGAGAAAUUAGUAUAGAAUUAAGGAGGGCUGUUGGAUCUGCGUACACGGCGGCAAAGCAUCUUCAAGUAACAUUCAUUAGCAUGUUGAAAGCAUACGAAAAAAUGAAUACAGGCCCAAACAAGGAUUACUAUUUGGUAUCAUUUAUAGCAGACUGUAAUGAUGGAAACCGUAAAGAAUGUCAGGCAUUCGUUCUGUGGAGAUUCAACCCGACGUUUGAAAGGAAAGUUACUAGUGCUAGGUGUAGGCCUGUUUCACAGCCAGAGUACUAAAAUUUAUUGUAUAUAUGUAUGAAGAGAAUAUUCAUGUGUGAAUAAACGUUGCAUGCAACUACGUCAAUUUCGAUCUGAAUGAAGGAACCAUUUCAUAACGCAAUUGAAAUUGUAAAAGUAAGGUCUAAAACAAAACUUUGUGGAACUUGUAGAAAACCACUAUUUUAAGAUAUAUUAAUUAUCAUAAGUUUUCAGACAUGUAUUAUUCUUUAAGAUACUUGUAGUAUUCCAAUUCAAAGUAGAAAUGCCAUAAACAAUCUUCAAUUACUUUAAAACUAUGCUGCUGAUAGAAUGAAUGUAUUACGGUAAUAAAAUGGAAAAUAUGUAUAUAUACAUGUUUUUCUAAGAUACACAGAGCCUCUUUAACAAUGACAAGCUAUAAGCAAUUACCUAUGGACUUCGCACAGAGGCUGAUGAAAAAAUCUUCAACCCCGUAAAUAUUGUUAAACCUUAUAUUCAACGAGUUCAAUAAAUUGAGAGUAAAAACAAAA